AAUAGGCUUCAUGGGGCGUCCGUAUAGAUCGGAGACAGAACUUCGUGGGGCAUGGCGUCGUAUGCAUAACGGAAUGCACGCUGAUGACGACAUCGGAUGACACGAAAAAAAAAACAAGCAUGAGCUCAAGAGGCAGCGGGAGUGGAGGCUUGGAACUUUCCUAUAACAUGAAGAAUCCCAAAAGAGGUCUGUGUGUCAUCCUUGAUGUACAGAAUCCUGGACGUUCCUCGUGCACAAAGGACGCAAGAAAUGUAAGGUCUGCCUUCCAAUACCUUGGCUUCAACUGCACCGUGCAUUCUACUCCAACAGCCGCAACGAUUCAGAAGAUACUCACUGAAGCGUCUACGUGGCGUGACAACGCUUGGUCAGAUUGUUUUGUCUGUCUGCUCUUAACACCUGGCAAGAAUGGCGACAUGCUUGUCGAAGGCGACCAAAAGUUCACUACGGAUAUGCUCACAAAAUAUUUCGUGGCAUCUUCCUGUAGAAGCCUCAAAGACAAGCCCAAGCUCUUCUUCGUCCAGAUCUAUGAGGACAUGGAAGAAGUCGCUUCUGACGACAUUGCAGUGUAUGACAUGACGAUUCCCGCAGAGUUUGAUUUCUUUCUAUGUUAUGACGUCAGCAAACGAAGCAACAGCGGCCGCAAGUCCAACCUCAUACAAGCGGUGGACUCCUUGCUACGAGACACUGUUGCACCUUACCAGGCGGUGGAACUCCAGGACAUCGUGCGAAAGGCAGCGAGAAUGGUCUCACAGGCAUCGACAACAUCGUGUUACAUGAGCACGCUGAGAAGAAGAGUUGUGUUCAGCGUCAAGCAGCUUGCACGCUGAACAUUGCACAUCCCUGUAUAUGUUACGGGGGGCUGUGGGGCUGUACAUAAUGGUUACUGAAUCAUCGGAGCCCACGGAAAAGAGAGUGCACCGUGAUGCUUUCAAAACACUUGUGGUCCGCCACAGAAGGAAAACUGACGUUCUUUCGUCUAUUGAGGUUAUCCUAAAUUUCCUUUUUCUUUCUCGUGUAAACUCGACGAAAAACGAACAGACAAAUUCUGUGGGUGUGAGCUGUGUAGAAAUGUGCACACGCGGGAAGACAAAGCAGUUUACUGCGUGCUCGAUCUGAACCGUCAUCAAUGGAAUCAGCGUGGAUCCCGUGCAGUUUGCUUUGCACUCCGCGCUAUGUACAACUUGUGGUUUCCCGGCAACAAUCCGACACAUUAUAGAAGACUGUAGCCAGUACGUAUGCGAGCGACGGGCCUUUAAAUGUCAGCUUGAACUGCUGGAUCAGAGGCCAAUCCGUGGAUCCGGUUAUUUUUGAAGGGUGAUGCGGGCAAGCUUACGCUUGUCCCAUCCUACAGUUGGUAGUACCAAGUCAGCGUGGAUCCCGUGCAGCUUGCUUUGUGCAGCCCUCUCUGGCAGAAGCUUGUUUCAUCUUAGCGGCUUUCAAUUUCCCCGAAUAAUGUAGCAGUAUACUGUAACAUAAUGUAUGGGUAUAGUGAGCAAGACAAAGUAAAAAUAGACGCACUUUUCCGCUUGUUCCGAUUAGCUUCGCUCUACCGCUAGAUUACAGUCAACCCUCGAUUUAUGAACACCCUCGGUUCCCCGAAAAAUCGUUCAUAAAUCGAGGGAUUCAUAAAUCGAAAAUUCAGUUAACUGAGUACUAUCGAGCAAGUGCAACAGUAUUUCCGAGUUGGGAUUGUGUUUAUAAUGCCAUAUAUUGCGUAAUUUUGAUUUGACCAUGCCUUCUGCUGCAUCAAUCUCACAAAGAACAGACGUUAGCGCAUUCACACUCUGUUGCAAUACUAAAUUGUUUAAUAUUGCUUUGGACCAUGCCUUCCGUUGUGUCAAUCUUGGAAAUAAGAUAUGUCACCACAUU